AUGAAGAGCAAAACCAAUUUCCUUUUCCCUCUUGUAGUUUCAAUAUUGCAUCAUUUUCUGGUAUUAUCAGCGACAGCAGAAGUCAGUCUCAAAACUGAUGAAGCUUCUCUACUUGCUUUGAAAUCCUAUGUCACUUCUGAUACUUAUGAUGUCUUGACAAGCAACUGGACCUUAACUACUUCUGUUUGCAACUGGAUUGGAGUCACAUGCAGCUCUCGCCAUCAAAGAGUCAUAGUCUUGGAUAUAUCCAACAUGGGACUAAUAGGCACCAUCCCUCCUCAGUUGGGAAAUCUGUCCUUUCUGGUUUCUCUCGAUAUCAGUAGCAACGGUUUCCAUGGAAUUCUGCCUCGAAAGUUCGCUAAUCUGCACAGAUUCGAGUUUAUAAAUGGCACUUCUAAUAUGUUCACUGGAGAUAUUCCCUCAUGGUUCUCUCUUUUGCCAGAACUCCAGCACUUGCAUCUGGCGUUUAACAGUUUCACAGGUAUUAUUCCACCGGCCAUUUAUAAUGCUUCCAAGCUUGAGAGUUUAGUUUUGGGAUUUAAUCAGUUACAAGGGGAAAUUCCAAAUGAAAUUGGUAAUCUUCAGAACUUGACAUGGUUGAGCUUGGGAUCAAAUCAGCUAACAAGCCUUGUACCACUUAGCCUGUUCAACAUUUCAUCGUUACAACGUCUGGUUCUGAUGAACAAUAGUUUGUCUGGAAACCUUCCUGUCGAUAUAUGCUCCAAUCUCCCAGAACUUACAGUGCUUGCUCUUUCUGACAAUGAAUUUGAUGGUCAAAUUCCUUCGGGCAUUGACAAAUGCUCAAAGCUUCAAAUUUUGUCACUGUCAUUCAAUAAGUUCAGUGGAGUGAUACCUCGAAAGAUUGGGAAGUUGAAUAUGCUGUCUAUUUUAUAUCUUGGUCGCAAUGAUUUGGAAGAUGAAAUUCUAGAAGAGAUUGGAAAUCUUCGUAAUCUAGAGAUAUUCUAUGCACAGAACUGUAGCCUAAGUGGUCCUUUACCAUCUUCUAUAAGUAAAUUAACUUCACUUCAGUUGCUCAACCUUUAUGGCAAUAAGCUCUCUGGCACAUUGCCCCGGGAUUUAUGUUUGAACAUGUCUGUUCUCCGAGCAAUGGAUCUUGGGAAUAAUCUAUUCAGUGGAAGAAUUCCAAAAGAAUUUGAAAACUGCACUUCACUUUCUGACCUCUUCCUAAGAGAGAACAACCUAAUAGGUGAGUUACCUAGGGAGAUUGGUAAUCUUUUCAAUUUGGGAAGAUUAGAUCUGCAUUACAAUUUCUUAACAGGUCCUAUUCCAUCUACAAUAUUUAACAUGUCAAACAUAAGGGGGAUUUCAUUUUUGGGAAACUUCUUUACUGGAAGUCUUCCACCAGAUAAAGGACUUGGUCUUCCUAAUCUUGAAGAACUUUAUCUUGGAUACAAUAACCUUACUGGAUCCAUCCCUCAUUCUCUUUCAAAUGCUUCAAACAUUUUCCGGCUGGGAAUUGGAUAUAAUAACUUUUCUGGUCCUUUUCCAAGGUCAUUUGGUAAUCUAAGACAUUUAGAGUACCUAAACGUGAACGACAAUCAUUUCACAAAAGAACCUUCAUCUCAAGAGUUGAUUUUCUUCAAUUCCUUGACAAAUUGCAGACAUUUAAGACAACUGUGGAUAGGUUAUAAUCCACUCAAUGGAAAUCUGCCGGCUUCUGUUGGAAAUCUCUCAAGUUCUCUUGACUAA